AUGUCUGUUAUUGGUUCAGCUCAACCAGAUGUUGUGAGAAUUAAAGUUUAUAAACCGAAUAGUAAUACAAAUGAUGAAAGUCAUGAAGUAGGUUCAUCAAAAAAAUUUUGUAUUGAUCCACGUCUAACAACUUAUCAAACACUCCAAUGUUUGAUUGCUCAAGCAUUUGAUAUUAAAUCAGAUUUUACGAUACAUGCUAUUCAUAAAUGUCUAACAACUGGACGAGAACAACAGACAGCUAUUUGGUCCGAUUGGGAUCUUGAUGCAUCAAUACAAACUGUUCAACCUGGUUCAUAUUUAAGAUUACGUUAUGAAUUAACUCCUCGAGAAGAAGAUCUCGAUGAUUGGGAUUUUAUUGGAUUAAAUGAUUUCAAUGCAAAUAUUCGUUGGUUUAAUGUUGAUAGUCGAUCUAUUAUUGCAACUGUAAAUCAAACAGCUGGAAAAGCAGCUUCAGCUUUGAAUAAAGCCAUUAAUUGGAUGUAUGGAGGAAAUGAACGACGUAGUUCAAAACCAGUUAGCGAUAGUGAUAUGAAAAAGUUUCUUGAUUGUGAAGGACGUCUUAUACAUGUAAAUGAAUUACGACAAGCUAUAUUUGAAGGUGGUGUUGAACCACCAUAUCGUAAAGUUGUAUGGCGUCAUUUAUUAAAUAUUUUUCCAGCAGAUAUGACUGGUCUUGACCGUAUUGAUUAUCUUAAAUGUAUAGAAAUUAAAUAUAAAAAAUUAAAAAAACGAUGGACAGAUGAACAACAUCAAAAUGACCAUACUCGAUUAAUUAUGCGUACUAUAGAAAAAGAUGUUUCACGAAUUGAUCGAGCAUUUGGUUUCUUUAAUGAUUCUGAUCAUGGUUGUGUUAAUGUACAAUCUCUAUUUCAUAUUCUCAUGACAUAUUGUAUUAGUCACCCAAAUAUUACAUAUAAUCAAGGAAUGAAUGAUUAUGCAUCGACUAUAUUAUAUGUAAUGCGUGAUGAAUCAUUAGCAUAUAUAUGUUUUUGUUCAGUUAUGAAACGCAUUCAAGCAAAUUUUGCAACAGAUGGUGUAGCUAUUGCAACGAAAUUACAUCAUCUUAAAAUACUUCUAAAAGCUAUUGAUCCUGUUUAUUGGAAUUUUCUCGAAUCAUGUGAUGCAGUUAAUCUUUAUUUUACAUAUCGAUGGUUAUUACUUGAAUGUAAACGUGAAUUUCCAUUUAAUGAUGCUUUACGUGUACUUGAAGUUAUGUGGGCAACAUUACCAAUUGAUAAUGAACCACCACAACUAAGUGAAAUAUGUUUAAUAACUUCACCAUCGGAUACAAUGAUUGCUGAUAAUUCAUCUUCAAUAACAUGUCAACAAACACAACGUCGUGCACUUAGUUGUCCUCCAUUAUCAAUUAUUGAUGAAUCUAAUUCUCAAAAAUAUAGAAAUCGUAGUUCUUCAUUAACAUUCUAUAAUAAAGAACAAUUGUUAUCUAGUAUACAAAAUCCAGAACAACGAAAUAAUAAUACAAUAUUAGCUAACGAUGAAUAUCAAUUGUCUUCAUUUAAUAAUAAUACUAAUACUAAUUUAAAUUCUUCAUUAAAUAGAUCACGAGGAAGAAGUAUGGAAAAUUCAUUUUCACUUAGUGAAAUAUCUGAAUUUGAUUUCGAUAAUCUAUCAAUAUCUAAUAAUAAUAAUAAUACUAAUAAUACAAUAGGUACUACUACUGCUGCACAAAAUUCACCAACAAUAAAUUGGUUACAACGUUUAUUUAAUGAUAAUGCAUUGUGUUUUGAAGAAGAAAAUUUAUUUUUACUUUUUCUUUGUAUAUCUAUAUUAUUAGCUCAUCGUAAUUUUUUAUUAAAACAAACUAAUCUUGAUGAACAAGAAAUUUCAAUACAUUUUGAUCGUUAUCGUCGUCGUCAUAAUGCUGAACGAAUAUUAUCAUAUGCACGAACAUUAUAUACACAAUAUAUACAAUGGAUUAGAAAAAAACGUAUGCUCGAUGAUCUCAAAAAUUUUUCGCCUAAUUAA